CAAGAGCGACAGGCCUCCCAGUCCCAGACGAAACAGAGCAAUACAGUCAGAAAGGGCAGAGAGAGCAACCGGCCGGCUGUGUCGGUGGGAGAGGAUAUACAUUGGUUAGUUUUCCAGCAAGAUCGACAGAGCAAUGGGGCGCGGUCUUCUUGAGGUGCAUCUGGUCGACGCCAAGGGCCUCUCCGGCACCGAUUUCCUCGGGAAGAUCGACCCGUAUGUGAUCGUGCAGUACCGGAGCCAGGAGCGCAAGAGCCGCACCGCCCGAGAUGCGGGGAGGAACCCGAGCUGGAACGAGGUGUUCAGGUUCCAGAUCAACUCCUCCGCCGCCAAUGGGCAAGAUAAGCUGGUCUUCCGGAUCAUGGACCACGACAACUUCUCCCGCGACGAUUUCCUCGGCCAAGCAACGAUCAGUGUGACUGGCCUGAUCAGCAUGGGCAUGGAGAGCGGCAAGUCGCAGCUGAACCCGGCCAAGUACAGGGUGGUCACCGCCGACAACUCGUACCACGGCGAGAUCAAAAUCGGCAUCACCUUCACUGCCGCAAAGGUUGAUGCCCAUGGCAAGGUUGAAGAAGACGGAGCACAGGUUGGAGGCUGGACGCACAGAUUUCGUGAGCACAAGGCCUGAGGGUCCUUCGGUCGUGCAUAAUUAGUGGAAUAGUGGUGUUGGAUGUGGCCUAUGAUUGAAUGAUGUGACUCCAAGUGUGUAUGCUGUAUUUUGUAGCACUUUAGUCAGAACAGCUUAAGAUCACCAGAUUCUUUUGAAACGACAUACAUACUCCGUGUCGAA